AUGGAAAUAAAAUUAUUCAGUUUGCUUAAGGCUGGAGCUCGUGAGAUCGAGUGUGGGCUGCUUGCAGCCUACAUCAACCUCAAGAAAGCAUUCGAUAGGGUGCAUCAAGAAUCACUCAGGGAGAUCCUGAGAAUGAGAGGAAUUCCAACAAGUGUUAUUGGACUAAUUGCAAGUGUGUAUACUGUAAACAAUAUGAACAAAGAAAAGAUACAAAGUUAUAAUCACAGGAGGUCAGCCAAUAGUGGUUCACCAGGCCCACCUGAACGGCCCCCUACGUUCCAGCGAGACAAUUCUCAGAUGACAACUCUUAAUGAGUUGGGAAAGAAACUGUUGGCAGCAGCAAAGGUGGGCAAUACUAGUCAAGUACGGAGGUUGAUGGCAAUAGGCGCACCGUUUGCAUCAGAUGGGCCCAUUGGCAUGACUCCAUUACAUUUGGCAUCACAGAAUGGCCAUUAUGAAACCUGUGAUCGCCUGUUAGCUGCAGGCAUGAACAAAGAUGCCCGCAACAAGGUAGACAAGACCCCCCUCCACCUUGCUGCCAUGGAAGGCCACAAGGACAUUGUAUCUUUGCUAGUCAGAUCAGGAGCCAAUAUUAAUGCCUGUGAUAUGUUGAAGAUGACUGCUUUACAUUGGGCAUGUGAUAGAGGACACACCUCAAUUGUUGGCUUACUUCUAAAACAUCACGCCAAAACUGAUGUGGCAAACAAAUUUUCCAAGCCUCCUCUCCAUAUAGCAAUAGAAAGAGGACAUCAGCAGAUUGUUCGACUGCUCCAGGAAGGUGUGAAUUACAAAGAAGAGGAGGAGGCAGUUGCAGUGGAAUCAAUUUCACUAAAUGUCACAGAUGACUUGAACUCUAUUCCUGUUGUGUGCAAGACGGAGGAGGUUUGUACAGAGGAAUAUGAAGAAGAACUGGUGGAAGACCAGGCAGAGAAGGAGGAAGAAAGGUUUAGUAUGGAGGGUGAUCUACCUCACUCCAUCCUGGCAGAUGACUCAGAUGAUCAAAACACAUCAGUCCUGGCAACACUGGCAGAAUUAGCAGAGGCUACAUCAAAGGGAUCUGAGGGCUCUGAGGAUGUAGCAAGUGCAGCUGCCUUAGAACUACUGAAAGCCCAAGCUGCUCUGCUUCCAGUAGAUGACUCCUCAACUCUAGUGACGUCAGCAGUAGCACAUGGUCAGACACUACACCUUACAGAAGCUGGAAGACAGGCUUUAAAACUGAUUAAACAGGAAAUGCCUUUACUUCCAACAGCCACAUUAAAGCAAGAUCACCUUAAUACAGAUCAUAAUAAAGCUACAAAAUCCAGUACAACUUCAAACUCCAACUCCCCCAAAAAUCAAAACAAGCAGAACGAGGCUUCAUACUCAUCAUCUACCUUGACAGCACCAUGCCUGCCAGCUCUACUCUCAACUUCAGGUGUAGAAAGCAUAGUAGAAGAGAUUGCAGAUGAAAAUCAAGAAGUCACUCAGGUCAUAACACUGAGUCCUGAGCAGUAUGCUGCUUUGACAGGUGAGACAAAUGGGCCCAUCAUACUGCAAGUGUUGUCCAGUGCAGAGGAAAGAUUGAAUGAAUUGGACACAGGCCAGAAUCCACCUGCGCCAAAACGACAGAAGGUGAUGCAGCUUGUUACAAAAACAGGGCAAGGGUUAGCAUCUCAAAAUAAGGCUGUGGCAAAAGUCUCAGGACAGGUACUGAGUGUGGAUGUGUCAAGAGGAAGUAAUUUGUAGUACUGAGCAUCACUGUACCAUUUACACUGGAAUAAACUCAAGUUUGACAACACUUUAUUGCUAUAUGAUUUGAUAUUUGUACAUUUCAACAGAAAAUGUAGAAGUAGGAACAAGAAGAAAAUAUUGUUGAUAUUUGGUAAUGAUGUUAAUAUUUAUACGAAUCUAUGUUAAUAAACCGAGUUUAACUCAAACUGAG